AUGUGCUGUCGGCUACCUCUUAGACGUGGGAAUCUUCAUCAGUGGGCUUCGCAAUUGGACGAACUGGGCGAUCACUUCACAGAACACGCAAUGGUCGGCGAUGGUGUUACUUACGUGUUAUCCCUAGUACCAGUCCCGAUCUCAGACAAUUGA